GACAAUAUUUAGAGAUACAAAAUUAGGAGGGUUAAGGACAAAUAUUUUGAAAAAAUGAAGUCGGAAAUAGCAGAAGAUUCACUUGAGAAUCCAGAUACAUUAACAAAAUACAAAAGCGCGUCGGAUAUUGCACAAAAAGUGCUUGAAAAAAUCAAAAAAAAAUGUAUUGAUGGAGCAGUUAUUCUAGAUCUUUGCAAAGAAGGAGAUAUGCUGAUUGAACAAGAAACAGCAAAAAUUUUCAAAGAUAGAAAGAUUAUGAAGGGUAUUGCAUUUCCAACAUGUAUUGCUCCGAACGAAAUUGGGGCAUAUUUCUGCCCGUUAGCAUCAGAUCCAGAGUCAUAUAGAGUGCUUCAAAAAGGGGAUUUAGUGAAAAUUUCACUGGGUGUUCAAAUCGAUGGUUUUGCAGGACUUCUUGGAGAUACAAUAAUAAUUGGUAAAGAAGAUAUAGAGGGACGAAAAGCAGAUGUAUUAAUGGCAACAUACUUGGCAUCAGAAGCAGCCAUCCGUCUAGUAAAACCGGGGAAUACAAAUUGGGAAGUAACAGAAGCGAUUGAUAAAAUUACAAGUAGUUUUGGAUGUAAACCAUGUGAAGGAACUUUAACAUAUCAGCAUGGAAAAAAUAUAAUCAAUGGAAAAAAGCAAUUUAUUCUAAACCCUAGCGAGAAUCAAAGAAAACAACUUGAUACAUAUACAUUUGAAACGAAUGAAGUAUAUGGAGUUGAUAUUUCGGUAUCUACAGGUGAUGGAAAAAUACGAAGAAUGGAGACACGCGCCAACAUUUUUAAAAAAACAGAUGUAACAUAUUCAUUAAAAUUAAAAGCCUCUAGAAGGGUUUUUACAGAGAUUCAAAAGAAAUUUGGCCCAUUUCCAUUUACUAUACGAGCUUUAGAAGAUGAAAAAAGAGCACGCAUGGGUAUUAUGGAAUGCACAAACCACAAUUUAUUUUCACCAUACGAAUGCAUGUAUGAAAAAGAAGGGGAAUAUAUAGCACGUUUUUUCACUACAAUUGCAUUGACAAAAAAUGGCACACUUAAACUUGCAGGUCCAACAGCUCCUAAUAUAAACCAAAUUAAGACAGAAAAAAGACUAGAAGAUAUGGUAUUAUACGAUCUAAUAAAAACACCGCUAAAGAAAAAAAAAACAUCUUCUGUACUAACAAAAGUCACAUUAACGGAGCCAAUAUCAACUUAAGACAAC